AUGAGACACCACACCAUCCUUGCAGCCAUCGCGGGCCUCGUCGCCGGCUGCCAAGCGUGCGGCAGCUGCUUUGGCCCCAUCAACAAGGUUGAGCAUGUCCGUCAUGCGAAACGCAUGCAGCCUGAUGCCCACAAUGCAACAUACGGACCGACCCGCGGGCCGCUCGAAUGGGGUCAGCUCAAUUUCUUGCAUACGACAGACACGCACGGCUGGUUGGAGGGCCAUCUCACGGAGACGAAUUAUGGUGCCGACUGGGGUGAUGUCGUCUCGUUCACUGCCCGUAUGAGGGCCAAGGCUAAGGAGCUUGGCGUUGACCUUCUUCUUGUGGACACUGGCGAUCUUCACGACGGUGCCGGCUUGAGUGAUGCUACUGCUGUAGACGGUGAACUAUCCAACGUUGUCUUCGAGAAGCUCGACUAUGACCUGUUGACUAUCGGAAAUCACGAGCUGUACUACGCUGACAUCGCAUACCAAGACUACAACGAGUUCUCGAAGGCCUGGGGCGACAGAUAUCUCACCUCCAACGUCCAGAUCCUGAACACCACCACCAAUGACUACAAAUACCUUGGCAACCAAUACCGGUAUUUCACCACUGAGAAUGGCCUCAGAAUCUUGGCAUUCGGCAUCCUCUUCGACUUCAAGGGCAACACCAACGUGACCAAGGUGAUCCCCGCCUCUACCAUGGUGAACGAGACCUGGUUCACAGACCUAGUCGCAACUCCUCCCGGACCCGUCGACCUGUUCCUGCUUAUCGGCCACAACACCGCCGCCAAGCAGACGUCGACCGGCACAUUCGGCUACGUCCACGACGCCCUCCGCAAAGCCUACCCAUCCACACCUGUCCAGAUCUUCGGCGGCCACAGCCACAUCAGAGACUUCCAGGUCUACGAUGACUCCGCCACGGCCCUCGAGUCCGGGCGGUACUGCGAGACCCUGGGGUGGCUCUCCAUGAGCGGCUUCAGCGCCAACAACAGCGGCUUCACCGGCACCUCUGCGCCGGCGGGCGUGCCGAACCCCUCCAAGAAGGCGACGAACACCUCCACCGCCCCCUGGACCUACUCGCGACGGUACCUCGACUGGAACCGCCUCACCUUCGAGUAUCACGCCUCAGGCUCGCAGGUCAACUACACCACGGAUGAUGCGGCAUUCGACACACCGCUGGGACUCAACACGACGGACCUUGUCACCGACAUCCGGCAGCAGCUUAACCUCAGCACGCUGCUUGGCUGCUCGCCCCAGCUGUGGUGCCAGUCUUGUGCAGAGUUCAACAGCUCCGGGAGCAUCUACAGCCUGCUCUCAGAGGCUAUGAGCGCCGUGGUCGUGAACGAGUCGCGAACGGACAAGGCGCGGGUAAGCAUCAUCAACACGGGCUCGGUCCGCUUCGACCUGCACAAGGGGCCGUUCCUCUACGAUGACGCCUUCAUCGUGUCCCCGUUCAACGACAUCUUCGUCUACAUCCCCGACGUGCCCUACUCCGUUGCCAGUGGGGCCUUGGACUACAUCAACAAAAACGGCGACGUCUGGAAGCGCUCCUCGACAGGGAGCACCGCCCCACUCGCGCCCCGAGACACCUGCGUGGACCCCUUCCUCUCACCCCUAGCCAACAGAGAAGUGCAAGACUACGCACACGAGCACGCAGGCCACACCCGCCGCCAGACCACCGCCGCCACGACCCAAGGCUACACCACAACCGACGCCUUCGGCACCGACGGCGACGACACAGCACACACCGCCAUCCCGGGCUACGACUACCCGCACUUCUUCCAGGCGGUGGGCGGGUUCCCCGGCGACGGGAGCGGCACGCCGGACGUGGUGGACCUCAUCUUCAUCGACUACAUCCAGCCCGACAUCCUGGCGUACCUCGGCGACGCGUACUCGGCGGAUGACGUGUCGUACUACAUCGACGAGACCUUCUCCACGCGGACGUACCUGCCGCUCUAUGUCCAGUCGUCGGAGGUGUUUCAGCAGGACUUGGAUAACUGUACCAUCUACUGA